AUGUGUGAAGAUAGUGAUAUAGAGAUACUCCUUGACCGUAUUAGGACACAUAUCUAUCUUAAUGGAGACCGCCCAGAAGAGUGGUUCUUAGAUUUUGAUAAGCUUAGAAGUGGAAGAGUUACAAAACAACAAUUCUUCCGUGUACUUACCAAUAUUAAAAUUCAGUUUACAGAAGAGGAAUUUGAGACCCUUGCAGCACAUUUUAUGGAAGGUGAGCAAGUUAAUUACAGACAUUUCUUAGAUGAUAUUCAUGAUAUUUUCACAAACAUGAAUUUAGAGCACGAACCACACGGAACAUUAAAGAAUUCACGUGAGAUUGUUGCAAAAACACUUAAGACAAACAUUCAAAGCCUUGAUAACGAUAUGUACGCACUUCUUUCGAAAUUAGCUUACCAAGUACGAACAAGAGCUAUUCACAUCAGAGAAGCAUACAUGGAUUUCGAUCCACACAAUAAUGGACGCGUUACGCAAUCUCAAUUCCUUCGUGCAAUGCCAUUUAAUGAUCUCACUACGGGAGAGAUUAAUCUUUUGGUCAAAACAUAUACAGAUCCAUCUGCUAAGGAUGUAAACUAUCGUAAGCUCUACCUAGAUGUCAACCAAGCUCUCGAAGCGUACAAAUCAAACGCUGUAACAGACAUUGUCAAUCGUAACCUUCUUCCUCACCAACUUCUCAGCCUUUCCGUUAACACAAAGAAGCCAUCUGGAACAGUUUUAGACUGCAUUACAAGAUUUGCUAAAGUUGUUCGCGAACAACGUAUCAGAAUCUACGAUUUCUUUGCUGCUCACGAUCCAUUGAACCAAGGCCUCAUCACACGUUCCAAGUUUGAAGGAACAAUUACCGUAUUUGGCUUCUCAUGGACAGCAGAAGAAAUCGCUUACCUUAGUGAGAAGUACAGAGAAGUCCAGGCAUCAACAGAGUACGUCAGAUAUCGCGAAUUCUGCAAGGACGUCGAAGAUGCAACAAAUGCAACAGUUACAUCUUCAGUUCAGACACUUGCUGUUACAUCAGCACCUUCUCCUGAACUCAAACGCAUCCUUGAUGAUGUCAGACAUACAGUAAUUCGCUUCAGAAUCAAUGUUCUUCCAACAUUUCAGAAUUUCGACCGCCAAAAACGCGGUUUUGUUACAGAACCUCAAUUCCAUCGCGCUCUUUCCACACUCAAGAUCAAUAUUUCUACUACAGAACUUGCCGAAAUCGCUCGUUUUUACGGAUCUGAUGAAGGCAUUGAUUAUUUCAAGUUCGUAGAAGACAUUGAUCCAAGCCAUUCACAGUCCCGCCGUGUAUACAAGCCAAUAGGAACUGAUAGACAGUCAAUCAUGGAUGUUUACGGUCAUACUCCAACAGGAGAUUUAUUCAUUACACCAGACAAAGCCGAUGAACUUAUUUACAAGUCUAAACGUGGUCUCAUCAAGAAGAUUGACGAGCACAAAGACAUUGAUUCACUCAUGUACGCAAUGAAACAGUGGUCAAUCGUCAAUUCCGUUCAUUUUGGCGAUUUCUUCUCUGAUUUCGAUAAAUUGAACUGCGGAGAGAUUCCUGUUUCACAAUUCCGUUCUGGCUUAUCAUUAUCCACAUACAAAGUCACAGAAGACGAGUUCGAUUUGAUUGUUGAUUCCUAUGCAUCAGACAAAAGACAAGGAUUUGUUUGUUGGAGAGAUUUCUGCAACGCAAUCAAAGAAUGCAUUGCUCCAUUAGAUCUAGAGAAGACACCAACAGUUACACCAGCUAUUCCAUCAGAGAAAUACCAGACAAGAUCAUUAGUUUUGAGACCAGAAAAGGAUAUGACAUCAAAUGUUGAAGAAAUCCUCAAAAACGUUGCGAAAUUUGUUCGUUCUCGACGUCUUUCUCUUAUUGAACAAUUCAAAGACAAAGAUCGUCUUAAUCACAAGCGAACAACUGCAACAGGAUUUGCACAAGUCAUACAGUUGAUUGGAGUCCACAUCUCUAAGAACGAAAUCGACACAUUGUGCACUUUUUACAACGAUCCAAACACAAAUUUUGUUGAUUAUGUUCGUUUCUGCCAAGAUGUCGAACAGAGAACAGGCCAAAUCUUUGGAGAUACAGCAUCUAAUUCUAUUGUUAUCAAUAAGAUUCCUCAGUACUCUAAAGAAGAAUCACCAUACUUAGUUUCAGCUAAAUCAACAGUUCCUUCUGAUGAUUAUAACUGCAUAUUAAAGAGUUUGCAAACAUACAUUUACAAACGCCAGAUUAGAUUGAAUGAUUUCUUCAAAGCAUUCGAUCCAUUGAAUCGUGGCAUUGUUACCCAACAAAAGUUCAAUUCUGUUGUUGGCCAGACAGGAUUACCGUUGACAGCGAAACAAAUGGAUUUAGUUGGCUUCAGAUUUACACCACCUGGCCAAACAGAUAUGUUCGAUUACAGAACAUUCUGCAAAGAAGUUAAUCAAAUCUUCGGCCCAACAGACUUGAACAAAUCUCCUACACCAGAGAAUGACAAGAAGGUUGAUUCUCUUCCUGAUCCUUCAAAGACAUUACAAGUCCUCGAUACAAAUCAAGAGCGUCAGUUGAACGAAAUCAUCAAGCGUAUGCAUAAUGAUGUUGUUACUAAAAGAAUGAACAUUCAAGAGCAGUUCAUUGAUUAUGAUAGAAUGCCACGUAAGAAUUACAUCACUAAACAGCAAUUCAAACAAUGCAUUGCUCGUUUAGGAUUAUGUAGUAAUCCGCGUGAGUUUGAUGUCCUUUGUAAGAAAUAUAGAUGCACUGAUCUUGAUGAUAUGAACUAUAUGGCAUUUUGCAAUGACAUCGAAGGUUCAAAUUAA